GCGCGCUCGGGGGGUGGGGAAGCGAGCCAGGGCUGCUCAAUGACAAAUCGGCGGGGGACGGCUGGGGUCCGGCCCCAGGAGGAGGCGAAGGAGAGGGCGGGGCGGGUUUAAGAGCUGCGGACCCGGUGUGGACGGCCAGGGCGGCUCGGGACGGUCCCAGCUCUUUGACUGGGUCUUCUUCCACGUGUUGCAACGUCAGAAACCAGCAGAAUGGCUGCAAACAAGAAUAAGAGCCAGAGCUCCUUGGCCCUACACAAGGUGAUCAUGGUUGGCAGUGGAGGGGUUGGCAAGUCGGCCCUGACGCUUCAGUUCAUGUAUGAUGAGUUUGUAGAAGACUAUGAACCUACCAAAGCUGACAGUUAUAGAAAGAAAGUGGUUCUCGAUGGAGAAGAAGUCCAGAUAGAUAUUCUGGACACAGCUGGGCAAGAGGACUAUGCAGCCAUCCGAGACAACUACUUUCGGAGCGGGGAAGGUUUUCUGCUUGUGUUUUCAAUCACAGAACAUGAAUCGUUUACAGCAACUGCGGAAUUCAGGGAACAGAUCCUCCGUGUUAAGGCUGAAGAAGAUAAAAUUCCAUUGCUUGUAGUGGGAAACAAGUCUGACCUGGAAGAACGGAGGCAGGUGAAUGUUGAGGAGGCGAGGAGUAAAGCAGAGGAGUGGGGUGUGCUGUAUGUGGAGACGUCGGCCAAAACGCGUGCCAACGUGGACAAGGUGUUCUUUGACCUAAUGAGAGAAAUCAGAGCAAAGAAGAUGUCAGAAAACAAAGACAAGAAUGGCAAGAAAAGUAACAAGAACAAGAAAAGUUUUAAAGAAAGAUGUUGUUUACUGUGAAUGCCAAGAUGGCGGACGGUCAAUUGCCACCGAGGACAUGGGCGGGUUCAUUCCCAGAGGACUAGUGGAAUCCUUGGUGUGCUUUGCUCCUGCUCUCCCCAGUCUCGCUCACUCAUACUUCUGUAAAUGGGGAAAAAUAUUGGGGACUCAGAGACUGGCAGCAGAAUAAGCCCUUGUGUGGUGCAAGGGCAUUGUCAGGGGAUUUUGGGUUUCUUUCUUCCUUCCUUUCUCCCUGAGAGUUAAUCGCUUAAGUAGUGCAGUAGGUAGGACACAGUCAAGUGUGAAUUUAAAAAGAAAACAUACUGUGUCAUAGCUUCCCUCCCCCGCUCCUAAUUUUAUAAUGUCACCACCUUUUAUUUUGAAAUAAAAAUAUUUUUACUGGAUUUUGGGAGAGGGGGCAGGUUAAGACUCCCCUUAACCCUUAUCAGCUUAACAGUAGUGCUCCGAAAAAUCUACUCAUCUUUCAUGAUGUUGAAAAAUUCAGAAUUAUGGAAUAUGUUUCUUAGCAAUGCUCUGUGGAUCUGAACCACAGCUAAGAAGAAAUAAAUUUGAAUUGGGCCAAAUAGGCCUUAUAAAUCUUUCUCACAUAUGAAAACUGUAAUUUGUAGAUGAUUUUCUUCAUAUUUAAUUUUUAUUAAAUAUUAAAUACUGAAUAUAAUUAACCAAUUAAAGUCUGUUUUCUUCCUGCAGCAUCCUGAUUUUUUGUAGAAGCUUCUUUUUAGGAGAGUAAGACUCAAGAGUAGUAUACUUUAUAAGUGGCACUUUCCUAAUGAUAAUUUUUUAAAAAUUCUUUGGCUAAAUAAAUCCUCUCCCAAUUGCCAGCUGUGUGGCAGGCCUCUCCUUCUCCAGUGGUGGGUGCCACGUCUCUUCUCU